AACUAGUUGAAAAUAUAAAAUUAAAAUUAUGACGAAAAUAAAUCAUUUAAAACAAUUUUUCAGAAAUCUUACAUACAUCCAGGGCCAGAGCCCCGAACCCAAAGUGCGUGAAUACUUCUACUACAUAGACCAUCAAGGAAUGUUAUUUCUAGACGAUGCCCGCAUAAAAAACUUCACUUCGUGUUUCAAGGAGAAGAAAUUUAUAAGGUUCUUCUUCAAUCAGUUGAGAGUCAAUACAACAGGAAGAUAUACGGAAUUUCCUUACGUUUCUCCUUGUGGAAGAGAGAGAAAUUUCGUGAGAUGUGACGAUCGACCAAUAGUUUUCACACAUGUUAUUCAAAAACCGGAUUCAAAUGACCUCCUUUUGGCCCACAAUCACGCUGGAGAUUUAUUAACAACUAAAUUCCUUCCCAAUAAAGUCAUAAUGUCUCCAGAAACGUGUAGAGUGUACCAUCCAGCUCCGGAAAGAACCGGUUCAGUAGGAUUGGUUGCUUCGAAGUUAGCUAUAGAAUUCAGCAAGUCUUUCAAAUUCGAUAACGGAGAAUCAAAACCGCCUACUCAUUUUACUUUUAAUGAUGUGACAUAUGUUUUGGAGAUGGAUUGGUUCAACAUAGAGAAAGAUGUUCUGAAAAACCCGUGAUACAAAGUUUAAAGUUAUAAUUCUUUAUUUAAAAGUUUACAAAAAAUUAGGAAGGAGAUCUGUUUAAUCUAAACAAUUAAAUAAAUAUUUAUAAGACCAAUAUAUGUUCCAUAAAGGUAAAGAAAUCGAAAACUUGAUCUCUAAUAUCAAAGAAAUUUCCUAUAUACAUUUUGGUUUACUCGUAUAAAUCUUGAGUUAUUUAUAAAAUGUCCUAGAACACCAUUGAUUGUGCGAUGAAGGGCCAGAUAUUCAUAUAAUUUUUAACAAGUGUAACAUUUAAAUAUACCAAUUAGAUAUUUGAAUUAAAUAACAUACCAAAAAUCUAACGUUUAAAAUAGUCGGAUAGAACAGUUUUAUUUAGAGUUUGAAUUUCGAAAAUAUCCACAUAUAAAAAGUAAAUUAUUUAAAAGAAGAAUUUUUCAUAAAGAAACAUUUACAGUUCAAUUUGAAUAGGCUAGAAUUUUAUUUACAAUUUUACACAAAAUACCCGUUCUUUACAGGUAUUAUAUUUAUAUUUUAUAGAAAAAGACUCAAGUUAUAAUAUCAAGUCCUUCCUCUUUGAUUUUAUAAGUACAAUCAGUCAACUUUCCUCAACCAACAGUUUUAAAUUUUACGUCUCUCAACUUAAUAAAUGUAGAGUUUUAGAAAGCUCACCUAUUGUAUGUAGUAGAAUGCAUAUGAGGAGAGUAUAUAGUGAGGGAAUGUGAAGUAUGAGCGUUCUUAUCGUCGAUAUUGAUCUAUAGUUUUACAAAAUAACUCCUAAACGUUAACUAUUUGUGUUACUUUUCGUCACAAUAUGCAACAGAAUUUAUUCCUGUGCCUUUUUUUGAUUUCAAUUGGAGGAGAAGACGUCACAGUAUGGAGGGUUUGAACAGUCAAUUCGAUAUCCUUUGUUUCAUCAGGACCUAAAAUAUACAAUUAUUCAAUAGUUUAAUUCAUUUGUAUAAUUAAAAAUAUACCUGUAAAAGCCUCGACGGGCUUGUCUAUUGUAUCGUGGUCAAUCCACGUCAAGCCCAUCUCCACUUUCUCGGCCAAAUCUUGCCAGUGCUGGCGGUUUUCCAGCGUUCCUUGGUAAAGAGGCUUCAUCCAAGGAAACGUUUCUGACAACACCCUGUACAGUGGAAGACAGAUGACGUCGAUGAAACCGACUUGCAUUUGGGGAAGUUCAUCUUUUCUUUCUCUAUCCAUUUGAGCCUACGAGUAGUAAGUUGAGUGUAUUGGGCUCACAAAUAUCGUGAAAACUUACUAUAGGUUGCUCUUUGAGUUGCACUUUUUCCAUGUCCCCUUGGUCGAAGAACUCGUCUGCUACUAAUUUAGCUACUUUGUGUUGUACUUCCCAAGGUUUUGCUAUAGCGCUGACGUCGCAGGCCGUCAUCAUCAUUCCAGAAAGCACUAAAAGAAACGCCAAUUUAUUUAUAACUAUUAGAUGAAGAAAAUCAAUAUCUAUACAUUCUUUUUUGUCGUCUCUUUGCCAAUCGAACUCCCCGUUAUCGAUGAGCUCCAGGAAUUUGUUCUUCUUCUUAAAGUACAUGGCCAGAUCCGUGGACAAAAUCGCGGUCUCCACGAUUCGCAUGACCUUACGGUAAUCGUCCGGGUUUAAC